AUCCCUUUGAUUUGAACCAUAAUCUUGGUGCUGGAUUGUCAAGAAAAAUGACAAAUUUUAUAAUGAAGGCUUUUAUCAAUGGCAGAAGGGUAUUUGGUACCCCUAUCAAAGUAUUUCCUAAAGAAUACACAUCAAAAAUGGAGUACUUUUUUGAUCCUGAGGCACUAACAGGAGGAGAAGUGGCACCAAAUGACAGAUGCUGCAGAAGUUGUGGUAGAAUUGGCCAUUUCAUGAAAGAUUGUCCCAUGAGAAGAAAACCAAGACAGUGUCGUGGUUAUGAAGGUACACAGAGGUAUGCAGAAGUCAAGGAGAAAAGAAACAAAGAGGACAAAGAAAUGCAGAAUAAACCAAUAGAAAAUGAGAGCUCAAUCAAGGAGGGAAAGUUGCAUCUCGGUACAUCUCAGAAGAGGAAAUUAGCCAAUGCAGUGGUGGAAACUGGGAGAGAGAAGAGUCCCAGGCAAUCAGCAGAGAAGUGGAAGCGCCUGGAAGACAGAGACUUAAGAGAAAAACGUUGUUUUAUCUGUGGAAAAGAAGGUCAUAUUAAAAAGGAGUGCCCACAGUACAAAGGAGUUGCAGGUGGCUCAAAACCAGAAAUGUUGUGCGGAUCCCCUUCUCUACCUAGCGCUGUCAAACAUGGCGGUAGAUUAAAUCAGAAAAGGCUGAUUGUUCUAGCCCAUUACGCUGAGAUUCAUUCAGCAGACACAGGACUAAGAAGUGAUCACUGGAAGCAUCCUGAGGAAGCAGAAG